AUGAAGUGUUGCCAAACAGCCAAGGAGAAGAAAGCCCUCCAAGAGCUUGAGGGUUCUCUGGAGCAAGAGAAGAAGCUCCGUAUGGACCUUGAGAGAUCCAAGAGAAAGCUGGAGGGAGAUCUGAAACUGGCCCAGGAGUCCAUAAUGGACCUGGAGAAUGACAAGCAGCAAGCUGAUGAGAAAAUCAAGAAGAAGGAGUUUGAGACCACCCAGCUCCUCAGCAAGGUUGAGGAUGAGCAGUCUCUGGGAGCUCAGCUGCAGAAGAAGAUCAAGGAACUCCAGGCCCGUAUUGAGGAGCUGGAGGAGGAAAUUGAGGCCGAGCGUGCUGCCAGGGCUAAGGUUGAGAAGCAGAGGGCCGAUCUCUCCAGGGAACUUGAGGAGAUCAGCGAGAGGCUGGAGGAGGCCGGAGGCGCCACUGCUGCUCAGAUUGAGAUGAACAAGAAGCGUGAGGCUGAGUUCCAGAAGCUGCGUCGUGAUCUUGAAGAGUCCACCCUGCAGCAUGAGGCCACAGCCGCCGCUCUGCGCAAGAAGCAGGCCGACAGUGUGGCUGAGCUCGGGGAGCAGAUCGACAACCUGCAGCGCGUCAAGCAGAAGCUGGAGAAGGAGAAGAGCGAGUACAAGAUGGAGAUUGAUGACCUCUCCAGCAAUAUGGAGGCCGUCGCCAAGGCUAAGGGCAAUCUGGAGAAGAUGUGCCGUACUCUUGAGGACCAGCUGAGUGAGCUCAAGACUAAGAAUGAUGAGAAUGUUCGCCAGGUCAACGACAUCAGCGGACAGAGAGCCAGACUCCUGACAGAAAAUGGUGAGUUUGGUCGCCAGCUGGAGGAGAAGGAUGCCCUGGUGUCUCAGCUGACCAGAGGAAAACAGGCCUUCACCCAGCAGGUGGAGGAGCUGAAGAGGGCGAUUGAGGAGGAGGUCAAG